AUGGAAAGGCCAUCGGUGGAUCAGUUGGUCGUCGGGUAUGCGCGAGAAGAUAAAGGUCGCUUCUCGGCUACAGGAUCGGUCACAUUGAUACGAACUACCAAUGCUAAUAUUCUAGUGGACUGUGGUGACCCAUGGAAUGGUGAAGAAAUUCUCCAAAAGCUCUCCUCUUUCGGUCUGCAAAAAGAGAAUAUUCACAUCGUUGUCGUCACUCAUGGUCACAUUGAUCACUGUGGGAAUUUGUCAAUGUUCCGUGAUGCAAAGAUCUAUAUGGACGGCGAUUUAGCUUGUCAAGGAAAAUACACUACAUUCACUCAGUGCUAUGAGGGAAGCAUGAACUUUCGUUAUUAUUUGACUUACCUUUAUGCACAAAUACAUGAAAAUCCGCUUACGCUCGCAGAAACUGUGGAGCUUCGUCGCUGCUCCGGUCACACUGACCAUGAUCUGAUAGUAGUCGUCAGCAACACUGAGUACGGGCGGAUCGUUGUUUCAGGAGACAUUUUUGAGUGUGCGAAUGAUGACGCACAAUGGAGGGACGUUUCCCGUUAUCCGGAUCGCCAGGAGAAGAGUCGUUUGCAAAUUGAGGAAAUGGCUGACUGGAUUGUACCUGGUCAUGGCCCCAUGUUUAAAAAUGAGAAGAUUGUUCAAGAAUGA